CCUACUUGGAAAAUAUUAUUUCUUGUGUGUACCUUUCUUGCUUAGGCAGACCACCUUUUGUGAUGUUGGGGAUGUCAUUUCUUGCCUUUGAAAACUGUCAAUGUUGAGCAGUUCUUGCUUUUUCUCUUCGAUUGACGCGUUCCGUUUUCAUUUAGAUCAGAGAAGUAUACUAGAAAUAAAUCAACGAGAAUGGUGCGCUUGCAUACUUUGGUUCAGGGUGGCGUGCUGCGCUCAGAAUUGCACCCGCCUCCGAGGGCGCGGCAGCUGCAGCUCGAGGCCGACAAAGCGCCACCGGUGUUGGGCGCGAGACGCGACCAUGCUGUCGUAUUUGGGUCGCGCAAUCCCGUGUUUUUUUCUAGCACAUCUUCCUCCUCUUCUUCAAGCAGCAGUAGCUCCUCAACAGGCGGUCUGUCAGAAACUGAACGAAAUAUGCUACAGAAUUUGGAGACGGUCUACCAGGCUUUCUUCGCACCAAAAGCUGAAAUGCCGAGAAAAGACACAAAUGAAGCCGUGCAAAGCCUGCAAGCGUUGAGCGCAGAAAUUUUCCACGUGCUCGAAACAGGGAAGACCGACGUACUGACCUUUUCUGCUGCUGCGAGUGAAAAUAUUUAGUCAGGAGCAGAGUGAAAACGUUUUGACAUGCUUGGAACUUCAUUAUGUCCUUUUUAUUCAAACACCAUCAUACACUCUAUCUAGAAAUUUAGACUCUAAAGAGUCCUAGGUAUACCUCACUAUUCAAACAAGAAUAAAUAUAGUAGAACUAUAAACAUUGUAGAUGAUCAUGAAAUCACAGGUUCGUACCGCUUUGCGGAAUGCGCGUGCGGGUCAGGCAGAUUCUGUGCUUGAGCCGCUUGAAUCGGAGUCGGAUGCCUUGUGUGUCGGAACGGCUGUGUGGGAGCUAGCACACAUCAUGCUUUUUGAUUUAGAAAGCGAUCUCCUAGUCCCGCAUCUGCUAGCGAAGUGGUACGUCCGACACUAUUUCGUGGACGAGAUGUUGGAGGCAUUGAUGCAAGCCCGUCAAGCAGGACAAGCAAGUUUGGAUGCGAGGCGCGGCGGCGCGAAUAUCUUGGCCGGCAGGUCACCGGUACCUGGUGCUUGGGGACGCAGCGAAAGUGGGAGCAAUGGCACGUCCGCUGUGCCCGCCGAAACGUGGGCGUUAGCGAUCAAACUAGUGCAACUAGACUGCCAGGAGGAAGCUGUACAAAUUCUGCAAGCUUAUUCAUCCUCUUCCUCUCAAGCUCAAGUUCACAGUAGUCGCGGUGCGCAGGAACAAUCAGCGGUCGACCUGAUGAUUGAUUUUCUGCUGUCGGUGCCGACUCUGCGGCAGAUCGCGGAAACGGCUUUAGACAACGCAGCCCGCGAACCGCAGAACCACGAAAUAUUCGGCGGUUUGGGUGCGAUGGGGAACAGCACGAACAACUCUGUAGCACAAGAGCACUACGCCGAGUUGCGGGAGGACGUGCGAACGCGCGCGAAGCAGCUCUUGGCCACGCUAGAAUUCGACAGCAGUGCACGGGAGUUGCUAGCGGUUUAUGCAGGAGAGAAAAUCUUUCCGACGACAUGGAUGGAACAAUUGCUCUUCGAAUUCAUCUGGCUUAAACCAGCUCAACCAGCUGACAAAAACGUACUUCUAUUUAUUCAUUGAAUCGGUAUCAAUUGAAUUGGAAAUCAUGUCUACUGAAAACAGGGACAGAAAAAAUGUUGAUAACCAAAAGUUCCCCUUCUGUCAGUGAGACAACUGAACCACGCAACAUCCAUCAAUGCUUCCACAUCAGCAUCGAGCCUUGGCAAAGGAGUAUUCGCGCAUUGCUGGUCAGUACUUAGACGAGGAAGUCGCAGAUGUUGACGAAAUUCUAGCGAAGAUUUUCUGUCGAGAUUACGAUAGCCUGUACGGACUUCUCCAAAACUGCGAAAAUGUACCACCCACACUCCUUCCUCAUUUGGCAGAACUGCUUUACCUGACAGGUACGAUACUUUUAGCUUUUCCACCUUUGUUUUCGUUCACCGUGUUCCUAUGAAUAGGUAACUUUGAUUAGUCAAUGCGAAGCAAGAUUCAAUGGAGCCUGUAAUUGAGCGUUGCAGACUUCCGCCAAUGGAAAAAAGACUAAACAUUGUGGUCCAUCAUAGUUGUUUUUUCUGGGAAAAUUUCAGGUGCCCGGCCAGAUGCAGCAGUGCGGCAUUGGUAUCUGAGCGACUACUGCGAUUAUUUGACGAGAGUCGGGCUUUUCUCCGAAGCGUUGUCGUAUAUGGACCCCAUUCGAGAUGCUUCGCGAAUCAGAGCAACCUUCGAAUUGUAUUUAUACUUACUUUUUCUCGUAGUCGAAAUUGAAAGCAGUGAUUUUGGAUUAUUUUUUUGAAUUCCAUCUGAGCAAGCUGCUACUGAAAUAUUAUCUUGUGAUGUUGCUAUUUCUGAUGUCCAUCUCAGGUGGUGGUCAUCAUUGCCACUCAGCGCUGAUGGUGACGCGAUGUGCCUUGCGGCUCUCGAACGCGUCGAGACUCAAGCGCACCUCUUUGAGGUCUUGCGUUCGGAGCCCAGCGUGCUUGCCUCCGUUGCCUGGGCCCGCAGUCAUAGUGCGGUAGCGGCGAACUCGUUGGCACGUGGUGUCUACUGGGCCUGCCGAGCGGGACGUGCCGGGCAAGGCGCGCGCGUCAGCCAGUUUCUAGACCAUUUAGUCGAACGAGAAAACCUUUUGGAGCCCCUUCUGGAGAUAUUCUGCACCGAGGAGGAUGUUGCGCAGGCUUCCUUAGAGCAAAGUUCCAGCGACCCGAUCGAGAACGCUGCCUCGCGGAUGCAGGCUUUGCAAGUGCGAAACUUGUGGGUGCGGGACCAGGCGUCAGGCCAGGAGUACCGUUUGGCAGCCGACUGGGCACGCGGUGGCCGACUCUACUUUUUUGCCUAUCUCUCGUACGUGCGCCAGCGAAAAGCCCCAGUGCGUGAUCUCUUUCUCCUGACAGCGCAGGGCCUUUGUCCGCCAAGUCUCUUCGUGCAGGUUUUGCGAGAAGAUCUGCUUCCAAGUGCAGCGGAAUUGCGUGCCAGCGACGUGCUUUGGCUACUACGCGAACUAGAAGUAGUAGCACACAGUGACCCAUUCGGUCGGUAUGGACCAACAACACUACUAGGAGGUGCAAGUCAAACACUACUACGAGCUAGUGCACCCUCAACAACAUCUAGUGCAGACGUGAAGCGGGAGUUACGACAAGCACUGGCGUUAGCACUACUGAACCAGGAUGAGGGAGACGCGACGGACUACAGAGGUAAUGACGCGAUGAUUUCAUAAACGGAGUCUUCUAGCGGAACCCGCAAGGACCCACGAGGAUGCUAUUCCAUCACUACGACAACCUUUUUUUCAUCUUUUUCAUUUGGAUUUAACGACAACGACCACGCGCAUAUGUUGAUAUUGUAGUUUCACUCGCAAGAAACGGGCCUCCUUGAAAGAAUGAAGACAAGGAGACUCUUAUACGCGAAAUACGCAUACUAGGCGGGCGUGUCUUAGACCCAUCUCGCCGUUCCAAGUUCUUCAUCAC